GAAAAUAUUGUUAAAAAUGCGUUGGUUAACUUCACUGUAGUAUUUAUUAGAUAUCAAGAAAGUUGUAAGCUUACAGGUGGGAGAAAAUAUAAAUUCAAUGUAGGGCCCAAGUCUUAAUUUUAUUUUUUAAUCGCCUCUCUAUAAACGUAGACUAGAAACGCCGAUAUUUUGCCGAUAAUUCAAUUUCAAGACAUUAAAUCUCUUUUUCGUCCGGUACCUACUAUAUCAGUAAUGAGAGUACUUUCUUACGUGAUCAUAAUUAGACCGAAUAAAUAUUCACACAGUCGUAGCCCCCAAUGAGAACUUUUUUCUUCUGUAGAAAUCAACGUUAUAAAUUCUGGAAUGAUCUCAUAUUAAGAUUUAAUUCAAACUUUUCGUGCUUAUUCUUCUUACUAUUUCAUAGACUAUUAUAUUUUGACAAAGUCAAUUUGCAUUGUCAGUUGUUCAGUACGCCAUGUCUAUAUGUUAAAUAAUUUAGGCGAGUGAAAUAAUUAUACCCUUAUUAACGUAGUAGGCUCAGCACCAAGCCUCUGCGUUAAUAGGGUCGGGUGGAAUUAGGUGCAAUCAAAAGAUAAAAAUAUAAGAAAGUGAUAAAAAAAUAUAAAUUAAGUCGAUCAAAAUUAUCGUUGUAGUAUAACUCAACAUGUUUACCUUUAAUUUUUUUGCUCGUCGCGCACGAAAUUAUCUGGUUGUCUACGCAUUGAAGACGACUUUUUGUAAUGAUGGCGGUUUUUGAGGGUUAAAUUUUCGUGUUUGCAUGGGGCCGGUAUGCUUCGACAACUUAGGAGUUUCCGAAGGUCCCCCAACGGUGGCUCUUCGCCCCGUAGGAGAGGUGGCCGCUCGCUCAGAACCAUCUCUUCUUCGAUUACUUGACACGGAAAAAACUGGACAAUUAAGCCGCGCCCGUGAUCGUCUCUCUUCUUUUUGUAAAAAACUUCGGCGUACCAUCAGCGACGUGGAAACUCCUAAAAAGAACGAGCUGGCGUCAGAAAAGAAGACCGCCUCCUCGCAUCGCAAGGACGGCUCAAAGGUGACGACUGUGGUGGCAACGCCGGGGCAAGGCCCCGACCGGCCGCAGGAGGUGAGCUAUGCUGACAUGAAACUCAUCGGAAACGGCAGCUUCGGCGUUGUCUACCAAGCCAAACUAUGCGACACCGGCGAGCUCAUUGCCAUCAAGAAGGUGCUCCAGGAUAAGAGGUUUAAGAACCGAGAGCUUCAAAUCAUGCGACGACUGGAGCAUUGUAAUAUUGUCAAAUUGAAAUAUUUCUUUUACUCCAGUGGAGAAAAGAAAGACGAAGUGUACCUGAAUCUGGUGCUGGAGUAUAUACCCGAGACUGUGUAUAAAGUGGCACGUCAUUACUCCAAAGAUGAACAAACCAUACCCAUUAGUUUUAUAAAGCUAUAUAUGUACCAGUUGUUCAGAAGCCUCGCGUACAUACACUCACUGGGCAUCUGUCACCGAGACAUUAAGCCUCAGAACCUGCUUCUUGAUCCUAAGACCGGCGUACUCAAACUUUGCGAUUUUGGUUCCGCGAAACACCUUGUUCGUGGGGAGCCUAACGUGUCCUACAUAUGCUCUCGAUACUACCGCGCUCCAGAACUCAUCUUUGGCGCUAUCGAUUAUACCACUAAAAUCGAUGUGUGGAGCGCUGGAUGUGUAGUAGCAGAAUUAUUAUUGGGACAGCCAAUAUUCCCAGGAGAUUCGGGCGUCGACCAAUUGGUUGAAAUCAUCAAGGUACUAGGUACUCCGACACGAGAACAAAUUCGAGAAAUGAAUCCUAAUUACACAGAAUUCAAAUUUCCACAAAUCAAGAGCCACCCAUGGGCUAAGGGAGCGUGUGUGCAGGUGUUCCGCGCGUGCACGCCGCCGGACGCCAUCUCGCUGGUGUCGCGGCUGCUGGAGUACACGCCGGGCGCGCGCCUGUCGCCGCUGCAGGCGUGCGCGCACAGCUUCUUCGACGAGCUGCGCGAGCCGGCCGCGCGGCUGCCCAACGGGCGCCCGCUGCCGCCGCUGUUCAACUUCACGGAGUACGAGCUGAGCAUCCAGCCGUCGCUGAACGAGUUCCUGAAGCCGCGCGCGGCGGGCGGCGCGGGCGGCGCGGGCGCGGCGGACGCGGGCGGCGGCGCGGCGCCGGACGACGCGCCAGGUACCUGCUCGGCCGAGCCGCGCGCGUAGGCUCGGCCGGCUCUAACGCGCGCUCUGUGCAGGCGAGGCGCCGGGCGGGGCGGGCGCGGCGGCGGGCGGGCCCAGCGGCUCGGCGGCGCCCGCGUGCUAGGCGCCGGGUCAGGCGCCGUCCAGGCGAGACCUAGUGAUACUUACUUUCGUGUUGGCCAUCGGGAAAAUUACAUGCAUAAUAGGUGUUUUCGGCGAGUAAUCGUGUGAUACUGUAGUGUAAUUGUCGAUAAAGCUUGAGCUGUCGUAGUCGGUAAGAAGGGUAAAUCCGUUGUAGAUUCUAAACCGUCGCGAUGUGAUUACUUUGUACUUUUGUAAGCUCAAAUUGUCCCCUUAUGUACAUACCUUAUAUGCUGAGUUUGAAUGUUUAUUUAGUAAACGACAGAUAAUUACCGUCUGGAUAAAUUGUUUUGUUUUAUUUUCAUUUUAAUAUCUCGUCAGUUUCUGUCUGUUAAAAAUGAAUUCGCUUAUAUCUGUAGCCUUAAUGUACUCGGUGUGAGAAGUUUUAUCAUAGAGAGAGGUUAGUCACAUGUUUGUUUCACUUGAAUCACCUAUCGAAGGGUAGACACAUGAUACUUACCUUGCUUGGGCCGUGUAAUCAGUAGGGAAGACAUAUUCAGUAGUGUAUUAGUAUUUAUUGUUGGAAAGUAUCACUAAUUCAACAAACUGUUACGAAGCGUAUGUCUAGUGUUAUUUCAACGAUGAAACUUAGCAAACAGAAUAUUUUGUUGCAACCAUAGUACGCAUUGUAAAUUUUUAUAACUAGCGUAAACUGAUCUCUCAAGAUAAUUUAUAAUAAUGAUAUCUCAGAAUAUUUGUAUAAACAAUUCAGAGGAUAUAAAUUUUAGAUGUACGACACACAUAUAUAUUUGUUUUCGGCAACUUCUAUGUUAAACAUUUUUUUGCUGUGUAUUUUUAACUAUCCAAUGCUGGAUAAAUGUAAUGUACCUAUUUAAUAGCACUGUCGGUGUCCUAAUUAUAACGACAUAGUUUUUGGAUAAUAUUGUAUUCUAUAUUCAAUAAAUGAUAUUUCUAUUAUAUGAAAUUUGUCAUUGAGAACACUAUGGUUAUUAGUAGUCAUUUAUGAAGCGAUGUUUAAAUAAUGGUAAAUUUUCAUUGUCAUAGUUUUAAGUAUUCGAGUAAUUUCAUUUUGCACUUCGAUUUUGAAUACCGUUACAAAUUAGGAAAGGUUUAAACUUCUAAGUAUAGAAUAACAAAAAAACUUUUCUUCAUGGUGUAGAAGUAGCCUAAACGCAUAAACUUAUUGGUGUAAUGUCGAUUACCUCUUGCACCACUAUUUAGAAAUACCUGGUGUUAAAAAUUUCAGGCAGCUGAAAAGCACGUUUUUGCAUAUAACAUACUUUAGUCUUGUUUGGACCAACUCAUAGUAACACUUCAGCUUGCAUGAUUAUAUUGAUUCGAUGAAUCUAAUAACGAAUUGAUAUUUCAGUCUUACUGUUACAUUCUCAUUAAAAAUAAUCGAUAUAACAUUUACGCUACAUAUUUUUCUAUACAUAAACCAGGGCCCCGACCAUUACAAUAAUUAAUUGUACGUAUCAUUUAUUGUGUACGAUGUUACAGCAGGAAUGCGCUGAACUCGCUCUUUAUUAGAUAGUCUCGGUGUGUAGGUUGCUCUUUUUCUUAUAGCGCCGUAUUUGCCUCUGUAAAAGAUCGGGUUCAGUAGUAGGUGUAUGCCUGUAAUUACUUAUAAAUUAUUGUACUUUAAGGAAGCGCUCCGCGCAUCGCUUUGAAAUCACAUAAUAGUGGAUCUUAGUUUUUGUCGUUAAGGCUAUUAAUUUGCUGGAACACCCAUAUAAUUCGUGUAAAUAUAUUAUAAUUAUCUUAAUGGUAUGACUCUUGAGCGACGCGUGGCGGUGGAAGCGGACAGGCGCGCGAGCGUCUGCUCCAAGCCGCACCGCCCUCAGAUAGAGACAGUAGCUUAGAUAUUACAUGUAUUUUAUUAAGUCUAUCUAUCUAAUAUGAAUUUUGUAAUCGACGUUGCUUCUUAAGACCUUCUGUGUAAAAAGUUAUAAGACAUACUAGUGACCUGAAUAUUUGAAGCGAUGUUAUUAAAAUCUUUAUCCCACUGAAUUCUCACUUUCACGAUUUGCGUGCACAUUUACAACAUGAGAAUUUUCCGUAAAAUACAUAGUUCGAAAUGGAGUUAUGACUUAUUAUAUAAAUUAUUUAAAGUAAUUUUUUCUUAUUACUGUAAUAAUAUUAAAUUUAAUAGUGAGUGAAAUUUGUAUUUUGUUUUCAUAUUUGUUUUACUGAAUUUAAAUACUUCAUAACCCUCAUAUCGUUGUUAGUUAUGAAUGAAAAUAACAUAAUUAUUAAAAGUAAAUAAUUAAAUGAAUAGUAA